ACUGAAGAGUUGUAAAAUGAUUCUCCAAUUCAGUAGUGAGCACCCUGAUUAGAUAACUGGAUUAAAAAAACAGAUGACGAGGAACCCAUAAUAGAAAAGGAAGGAAGAAAAGAUAAGGCAGGCUUAAAUGUUAUAUUUGUUAUGAUAACCAAAAUCACGUUUUCUACAGGAAAGGGUGGUGGAGGAGGAGACCCACGUCCUUAUCUCUGAUUGACUCACUGUUUGGUCAACCUUCGUACUACAUAAUCUGUGAGAUGGGGCUGUGAGAUAAGGAUUUCGACACAUCGUUUGUGGGUCGUUCUGGGUUAGUGAGAGUCCCCCAGUUGGAGUAAGAAACCAAAUCAAUGGAUGUUAUGAUCCAGUUGCAGAGACAGUUGCGGGAACAUUCCGCUUUUCUGCGUAAGGAGGGAUAUUUGGAUGACCAGUUUGAACAACUUCAGAAACUGCAAGAUGAGAGCAGCCCAGAUUUUGUGGUUGAGGUUGUGUCUAUUUUCUUUGAUGAUUCUGAGAAGCUCCUGAACAAUUUGGCCAAAGCUGUGGAGCAGAAAGCUGUGGAUUUCAAACAGGUAGAUGCCCAUGUUCAUCAGUUCAAGGGUAGUAGUGCCAGCAUAGGUGCCAAGAGAGUUAAAAAUGUGUGCAUCGAGUUCAGAAAUUAUUGUGAGGCCCAGAACAUUGACGAGUGUUUGAUAUGUAUGCAAAAACUGCAGUUUGAAUACUCUGUACUGAAAAACCAGCUUGAAUAUUUGUUCAGGCUGGAGCAACAGAUCCGAGCUGCCGGCGUGUAGUCGUGACUUUUGAGUCAUCCCAUGAAGGCAGAAACAAGAAAUGAAGGAUUUGAUGUUACAGACUUUUUAGUGUUCAAAGUAUAUCCUCAUAGAAUAUCAAGACUUGCUGAAGGAUUCCUCAAGAAUUAUGUCUAAUGUGAAUAAAUAGUUUCUACCUUCUUUUUGCAGAACA